GCCUUCUUCCGUCCAGAAUACAGAUUGAACGCCCAGGAAAAGAGGAUAUCCCAAGACAAGCGAUUGAUGAUAAGAAUUGCUUUGUUAAACAAGCCACGUAAUCCAUCAGAUCAGUUCAGCCAUCCCACAUUACUAAUCACGAUAAUUGUCGGGUGUGGAGCCGGCAUGUGCAACCCCGCGCUGGAAUUUAAGAGGCCAUCACCCCGCUAUCUCAGAAGGCUUCAGUGACGUGACAAGAUAAUUAACUGACUUUCAACCCCUUAAUGCGCGCCUUUCGUCCUAUAAUAUCAUCACAAAAACUCCUCAGACAAGUCACAGCCCGCAAAAUGACCAGCAGUACCUUCCGCUACCUCGACCCAGCCAGCAUCACCGCUGGUGUAGCGCCAUGGGCCAAAGUCGACGUCGACCACACCUCUUACGGCCGUAAAACCGUCACCAAGGACGUCACCAACUUUUCCGACUGCCUAGACAUCCACUCCAAAGUUGGCUCCUUUGGUGCCGACAUCGACGUAGCCGGCUUCGCAGUCUACCGCUCCCAAUCCGCCACCACCCCAGAAGAUUUCGAGGACGACAAGACCGUCCGCACCAAAUACUACGCUGAGGUGGAAGCCCUCCUGAGAGAAAGACUCCAGCACAGCGGCCAAAAGAUCAAGCGCAUCGAGAUCUUUGACCACACCAUCCGCAGGCACGACCCCGGCGCCGCCCGCCAGCCGGUCCAGCAAGUCCACGUUGAUCAGACACCCAAAGCUGCCGAGGCCAGAGUCAGGCGACAUGUGACUCCCAAGGAAGAAGCCGAUGCCCUUCUCCAAAAGCGCUACCAGCUCAUCAACGUCUGGAGACCCAUCCGCCACCCCGCUACCGACUUUCCCCUCGCCGUGAUCGACUACCGCACCACUGCCCCUGAAGAUUUCGUGGCUGUCAGCUUACUUUACCCCAAGCGUGACGACGGGGAUGACGACGACAGAGGCAAGGAAGUCCGGCCGUCCCAGGAAACACUCGACUCGCUUGAGGGGUAUGAAGUCAAGGGUGAGACAUAUGGUGUACUGCCCAAUGAGUCGCACAAGUUGUAUUACAUCAAGGAUAUGACGCCCGGGGAGGCCAUUUUCAUCAAGUGCUUUGACUCCUGGGGGGAUCGGUUGCCUGGUGGGAAGAAGGGUGUUGCCGGGCUGACGCCACACACGGCUUUUGUUGACCCCCAGACGCCUGAAGGCACACCGGGCAGGGAGAGUAUCGAGGUGAGGUGCCUGGUGUUUUAUGAGUAGAUGGUUGACGACAAGACUAAAAAGGCGGGUCGGGAUGGGAGAUGUAGAAUCAACUAUAUAUGAAAAUGAGGCAAGAUGUAAUGAAAGCAGCUUUGGACUUCUCACUUUUGAGUUGAUCAUUUCGGACAAAGUACUCCGCAUUAAUAUUGCAGUUCUUUUUGCUGAUCCCGGAUAUCUCCCGCCGGGUAAACAGUCCAUUGCUAUACCACCCCGAGCCGUCCUGUCGCCUCUUCCACUCUUCAACCACCCCAACCCCACAAACCGACCACCGUUCACAAUGAAACCUUCGACAAUCACCGCCCUGCUCCUUCCGUGUGUUCUGUCCCUUUCCCUGCCAAGGCAAUCCCAUAAAACAGUCAGAUGGAUGCCCCUAGGCGACUCGAUAACCGACUAUGGCUGCUGGCGAGCCUGGAUCUACCUCCGCCUCCAAAAUGACCCCGACCUCUACGACUCCGUCGACCUCGUCGGUAGUGAGCGCGCAGGCGAGAUCUGCGACGACUCCGAAUUCGACCGCGAUCACGAAGGACACCCCGGCUUCCCCGCCAUCCAAAUGGCCAAUGAGGGUCGAGUGUCCGAGUGGUUGGCUAUGAACCCUGCUGAUGUGGUGACUAUGCACUUGGGCACAGUGGAUAUCGUGCGAGGAAAGCCGAGGACGGAGGAUUUGCUACGGGCGUAUAGCACGCUUGUGGAGCAGAUGAGGGGCCGGAAUCCAAAUAUGAGAAUUAUCGUGGCGCAGAUUAUCCCGCUUGGGCUGAGCGCGGAAAAGAACGAGCAGGUCAAAGACCUGAACAAAGCGAUUCCUGCUUGGGCGGCCAGCCAAAACACCACGUCGAGUCCGAUCUGGGUCGUCGACUUGUUCACUGGUUUCGAUGCCGAGGUGGAUUUGUAUGAUGGUAUACAUGCCAGCUCGUCCGGGAUUCAAAAGAUCGCUGAUGGGUUCUAUCCGGCACUAUUGACUGCGAUUAGAUAUGUCCAGAUGUCCAGGGGGGGGGCUGAAUUCAGUGUCUUGUAACAGGGCGGCGAUGUAUUGUUGUGGGAAAAGGAGGAAGCCAAGUGUCAUUAAAUAUCCUAUAUCCAAAGUCCGCAUCGC